AUGCCAAACCAAAACUUACAUGUAUUGUAUACCAGUAACCCGCCGCCCGUGGGGCUCGAACCCACGACCACAAGUCCCCAAUUCGCCGUCCCGCCUCCCCGUUUCCCCUACCCGCUCCGCAUUGCCCAUUCCCGCCACCCCGAUUCCCCUUCUCGCCUCCCCAAUUCAAGUUCCAACCCCCCCGUUUCCCCUUCCCGCUUCCCGUAUCCCCUUCCCGCCUCCCCAAUUCCCCUUUCCGCCACCCGAUUUCCCCUUCCCGUGUCCCGAUUACCCCUUCCCGUUCCCCGGUUUUCCAUCCCGUCCCGCAUUUUCCCUUUCCGCCUCCCCGUUUCCCAUCCCCGCAUGGAGUUUCUCCUUCCCACGUUCCCGUUUCCCCUUCCCACGUUCCCGUUUCCCCUUCCCACGUUCCCGUUUCCCCUUCCCACAUUCCCGUUUCCCCUUCCCACAUUCCCGUUUCCCCUUCCCACAUUCCCGUUUCCCUUCCCACAUUCCAGUUUCCCCUUCCCACAUUCCCGUUUUCCCCUCCCGCUCCCCAUUACCCCUCCCCGCCUCCCCGUUUCCCCUUCCCGCUCCCCGUUUCCCCUUCCCGCUCCCCGUUUCCCCUUCCCGCUCCCCGUUUCCCCCCCUGCUCCCUUUUAUUGCCCCCUUCCCUUCUCCCUCUCGUUUCAACCGCUUCUCCCGCUCGUUUCCCCCCCUUCCUCCUCUCGUUUCCCCCCCUUCCCCCUCUCGUUUACCCCCCUUCCCCCUCUCAUUUCCCCCCCUACUCCCUUGAGUUUUCCCCCUUGCUCCCUCUCAUGUCCUCCCCAUCUCCUUCUCAUUUCCCCCCAUUCUCCCUCUCAUUUCCCCCCGUUCUCCCCACAUUCACCCCAUGAUCCCCCUCAUUCCCCCUUUUUCUCCCACUCAUUUUCCCCCCUGCUCCCUGUCAUGUUACCCCUUUCGCUCGCGCAUUUCCCCUAUUCUCCCGCUCAUUUUCCCCCUUCUCCCUCUCGUUUCCCCCCCCUUCCCCCUCUCGUUUACCCCCCUUCCCCCUCUCAUUUACCCCCCCUUCUCCUUCUCAUUUUCGCCCCUUCUCCCUCUCAUUUCCCCUCUGCUCCCUCUUACGUCCCCCCUUUUUCCUUCUCAUAUUCCCCCGUUCUCCCUCUGAUCUUCUCAAUUUCAAACCCCCUCUUUCUCCCUCUCAUUAACCCUCAUGUGCCCCCUCAUUCCCCCCUUCCCCCUCUCGUUUCCCCCCCAUUCACCUGCUCAUUUCCUAAUGAGUUCCCUCUCAUUGCCCCACGUGCUGCCUCUCAUUUCCCCUUUGCCUCCCUCUCAUUCAUCCCCCCUGCUCCCUCUCAUCUCCACCCCUUUUCCUUCUCAUUUCCCCCCCUUCUCCCUCUCAUCUCCCCCCUUUCCCUCUCAUUCCCCCCCCUUAUCCCGCUCAUUGCCCUCCCUUCUCCUUCUCAUUUCCACACCGUUCUCCCCCUCAUUCUCCCGUGCUCCCCCAUCGCAUACCCUUCUAACCCCUGCCAUACGCUUGGGCAAUCAAAUUCCAUACUCAUCCAUCCGCUGCCAAAUCCUGCCAUACCCUUCCAUCCCAUGCCAUACCCUGAACCCAUCGCACACGUUUCCGCGUCUCCAUCGCAGACGUGCUCCCCCUUCCGUCGGCCACUCACACUACCCUCCUUUGCCUCCGCGCACUCGCCUCCGUCGCCCACGCUCACUCCCCUCCCGUCGGGCACGCGACGCUUCCCUCCGUCACACACGCUCCCUCCUCCAGCGCGCCCACGCUCACUCCCCUCUGCCACCCACGCGCAAUCCCUUCCGUGCUGGAAAAUGGCAGUCAUUGAGGAGCAUAGGGACGAGCCUGACCAAAUCGAACCUCUACACGAGCCUGAAACAGCCACGACUGAACCUGAGUUAGUUGCAUCCGCGUUUUCGUCUGGUCCUUCGCUCGCGGCUGCUGCUGCUGCUGCUGCUGGCAGGAGCGGCGAAGGCGGAACAGGCGAAGAAGCGGGGGUAGGGGAGGAGCAGCCGCCUGUUGUGGUGGGGAGGGACGACGGGGAGGAUGUUGGGGAAGGCGUGCGGAAGGUGGUGGUAAAGGAAGGGAACAAGGAGAAGGGGUCGCCUGACGUAGGCUGCACAGUCUUCGUGCACUACCGUGCAUGGCUGGCAAAUUCCGAAGCCAACGAGGAAAAAGGCGAUGGGGAUGCGGGCGAGGAGCGGGAGGAAAAACAUGGGGAGGGGAAAGAGCAGGAGAAGCAGAAGGAGAAGCGGAAGCAUGUAAAAGUGUACGACACGUGGGAUGAGGGCCAGAUGACAGAGCUGAUUCUGGGACAUGAGAAGCCAGAGCUGCGUGGGCUGUCAUUGGGAGUGCGGUCGAUGCAUCCUGGCGAGAGGUGUGUGCUGCGAGUGCCGUCAGCGCUGGCGUACGGCAGCCAAGGCUGCUUCUCCUUCCCCCACGUGCCCCCCAACUCGGACCUCCUGUAUGAAGCAAAGCUCGUGGGCUUUGAAAAGCCGCCGGGUGGUGCAGAUAGGGCGCGAGAUCGCUCGCAGAUGACAGCGGACGAGAGGAUAGAGGCGGCUGACAGGCACAGGCAGGCUGGCAACGAGGCGUUCAGAGGGGACAACAUGGAUGAGGCACUGCGAGAAUAUGAGAUGGCUUUGGGGUACAUGGGAGAUGAGUUCAUGAUGCAGAUGUUUGGCAAGUACAGGGACAUGGCCAAUGCUGUCCGCCUGCCAACUCUGCUCAACUCUGCUGCUGCUCACCUUAAGCUGAACAAUUACAAUGAGACCAUCGGUCUGUGUACAUUGGUGCUUUCGGAAGAGCCAAACAACCCCAAGGCCCUCUUUCGCCGAGGCAAGGCACGCCAUGCACUUGGACAGCUUGAUGCAUCGAUGGCCGAUAUCAAAGCUGCUGCCAAACGGGCCCCUGGUGAUGCUGCUAUUGCGCGAAGUGAUUUUGUGCCGUAUCGGAAUUCCGUUCUGACCUGGCUGCUUAAGGAAAGCCUUGGAGGAAACAGCAAGACAGUGAUGAUAGCCAACAUCUCACCUGCCUUCGAGGAUUUGAGAGAGACACUAAGCACUUUGCGCUAUGCGAAUCGUGCUAAGCGUAUUCAGAACAAGCCAACUAUUAAUGAAGACCCAAAGGACUUGACUAUCCGCUGCCUAAUGUCCGAAGUGAAAACUCUCCGCAAAAUGGUGGAGUCUUUGGCAUUGCGGGCCUCUUUUCAUCCUUCUGUUCGGCUCCGUAGCGUGGGAGUUCAGGUGCCAGAGUCUCCAAAUGAGACGGAUUUAUGUCUAGCCAUCAAGCUUCCUCAGAAGCGUGACAGCUUUGCUUUUCGAGAGCCGUCCUCGGCAUCACUUGCACUCCCGUUCACACCGCUCUUCCCAAAUCCUUUUCCGAAGCCGCAUGUGUUAGCAAUUCCGGACAGCCAGUCUGAACCUGCCCCAAAGAGAAGAUCUAGUGCGAUUGAGAGGGUGCUGUCACUUGGCAUGACCUCUCAGGUGGUGCAAAAGAGUGCCGCAAGUGAAGUUUCUUCAAGCCCAAUGCUCGUCCAUGGAGGUAAAACUUCCGCUCAACUUCAGCAAGUCAAAACCAGAGGCGAAAUGGAGAACAUGAAGCCUUUCAUCUUUGGAGAGUGCCCUGCUGGCAGCGUAACUGUUGCUAGCAAUGCACCAAAAUCCUUGACCGCGCUGGAUACUCAGACAGACUCGCUGAUUAAGAAGCUGACAGAUGUCCUUAAGAAGCCACGCAUGAUUUCCAGCUCCACCAAGUCGUCCAAUCCUGAGUCCACUCAGUCGUCAUAUCCAUUCUUCAUCCCGCUGUCGCUAUCAGAUGAUGAUACCAACUUGGAGAUUAUCACAGGUGUUAAGCAUGUGCUACAGCCAGGGGUAACUAAGAUUGGGUCUGGCAACGGAGCUGAUAUUCAUGUUCCCAGCCUCUUGGAAGAUCACUGUGAGCGUUAUGCAGUCCUGGAACAUGGCUGUAAGCUGAAGCUGGGUGGUGGCAAAGGUGCCAUCAUCUUUCACUUCUUUGAUCCAAGCAAAGAAGCACCAUGA